GGCCCCGCCCCGGGCCGGGCUCCGCCCUCGGGGCUGGGCGGCAGCGCGGAGUCGAGGCCAGCCGAGCCCAGCUUAGCCUGCCCAUCGCCAGGGCGCAGGGAGCGGGACCGCGGCCCCGGGACAGCGACCAGCAGGUGAAGGAGGCCCUCAGGCCGGCACCAUGACAGAGUGCUUUGACUGUGACAACUGCAAGGAGUCCUUGUAUGGACGCAAGUACAUCCAGAUGGACAAUGGCCCGUACUGCAUCCCAUGCUAUGACGCCCACUUUGCCAACACCUGCGAUGAGUGCAAAGAGCUGAUUGGCCACGACUGCAGGGAGCUGUACUACGAGGAUCGCCAUUACCACGAGCACUGCUUCCGCUGCUUCCGCUGCGACCGCUCCCUGGCUGACGAGCCGUUCACCUGCCAGGGCGAGGAGCUGCUCUGCAACGACUGCUACUGCAGCGAGUUCUCCUCCAAAUGCAUUGCCUGCGAGAAGACUGUCAUGCCAGGGUCGCGUAAGCUGGAGUACAACGGACAGACCUGGCACGAGCAUUGCUUCAUAUGCAGCAGCUGCCAGCAGCCCAUUGGGUCACGGUCCUUCAUCCCAGACAAGAAGGAUUAUUACUGUGUGCCCUGUUACGAGAGCAAGUUCGCUCCUCGUUGCACUCGUUGCAAAAAGACCCUGACCAAGGGAGGAGUGACCUACCGGGACGAGCCCUGGCACAAGGAGUGCUUUGUCUGCACAGGCUGCAAGACCCCCUUGGCUGGGCAGCAAUUCACCUCCCAGGACGACAACCCGUACUGCAUCAAGUGCUUUGGGAACCUCUAUGCCAAGAAGUGCAGUGCCUGCUCAAAGCCCAUCACAGGCUUUGGUGGCGGCAAAUAUGUCUCCUUUGAGGACCGUCACUGGCACCACAACUGCUUCAACUGUGCCCGCUGCAGCACCUCGCUGGUGGGGAAGGGCUUCAUCCCUGACAAAGAUGAGAUCCUGUGCCGCGACUGCAGCAGUGACCUAUGAGUCUCCAAGGACACCGCGGGGCAGGGCUUCCUCUGUUCUUCAGGGCCUCUGUGCCAGAUCCCCCAGCAGCAUUUCAGGGGCCAGGCACAAGGCACAGGAGAUUGGGGCUUGGCCCCGAACCGCGGUGUGUUCAGGGGACUCCUGUGCCCCCUCCCUGAAGGCUAGAGUACGCUAUGCUAUGGCUCUGUGCAGAGUCAAAGCUAAAUAAAAUUGAAAAAGGAGCUUCAAUACCCCCCAUUAUUUACUCUUUCUUUUUGCUUCCAGUCUGACCAGGCACGAGCUGAGCCCAGGGCCCCAGCUGAGUAAAGGGCAGCUUCUGUACUGGGCUGCUGGAUCUGCACGCUGGCAGCAUGUCUUUUCCCCCCAUCACGGUGCAGACUUCCCUCUUUUCCCCACGUGGUUCUCUCUGUGUGACAUGAGGCAGUGGCUGCAGGGCUGUGCAGCUCAGCUGUGCUGGGUUAAGGCUGUAACCACCACCACCAUAUGCAUGGCUGACCUGGGCAUGAAGGGUCCUCUGCUCCGUUUGGGAGGACUGGGGAUGCCAGGCUGGAGUGUUGCCAGGAGAAGAGCAUGUUUGUCCUGCCAGAUGGGAUCCACCUGUGGAAUUCUAUAACACCUCACCGUUUGCAGGCAAGACCCUUUGCUCAGCAUCUCUGUAGAGGUGCUCUCUCAGCUGUGAAUGAGGAGCUCGAGUUGCUCAUAGGUACAGGGUGUUCGGCCCACCCUCACCUCCCUGCCCCUUUCCCAUCCACCUGUGCCAUGACCUCCCAUGGCUGCAGUGGCUGAGCUGGAGCUGGGGCUGUUGGCCUGCUGCUGCUCCCCUGAGACGUGCCUGACUGAGCCCCUGAGAAGGGUGUGCUGAAGGCUGAGAGCACUGAGGGCUUUAUUCUUGCUCUAUCCUUCUCAUGGGGAUUCAUGGCAUGGGCACUGGUGUACGGAGCCCAGCUGCCUGUGGCACUGGGAACACCAGAGACCUUUGUUAAUUCAGGGAGGGGAGUGUUGCCCACAGGCUGUGGCUGUUUUUGGGAGCUUCUGGGAGUGCUAGGAGGGAGGGUCUGUGGGAGCACAGGGCUGCAGCAUGGAGGGCAGCCGAGGGGGCAGUGGAGUGCCCACAACCUGCUCCUGCCAGGGCUGCCUGUGUCCCCCUGCAGUGGGCAGGGAGUGGAGGCUCCCCCUGGCCACACUCACUGUGUCCCAAAUGAGAAGCAAAGCAAAGGUGGCACCUGAGGGGGUCUUUGCAUAGCCCAGGUCCCUGUGCUGGCCCUAACUGUGCAAAAUAGGAUGUCUUGAGCCAUCCUUGCCCAAUGACUGAGCUGGCCCUGGGCCCCACUCAGGCCCUUCUGCAGUAGGAUGCCCAUGCCUGCCUUGUCUCUACAUCCUUCUGCUUCUGUCUUACUGGGGCACUUACACUGACCCUGCUUUCCUGCUUAUCAGCCAUGUGCUUUUCUGAAAGCCUGUUCUUGUGGGGUUUUUCCCUUUUGUACGCAUUUGUCAUGAAUAUCUGUCAUUUUGUACCCAACUACAGGAUGAAGGGGCUAGCCCCCCACCCAGGCUUCACUUAGGAACAGAAAAUGUUAUGCAUGUUGAAGUGUUAUUAACUUUGUAUUCAGAUCCUUGUUGAACCCUUGGAAGCUUUAAUGCCAGUAAAUUGGAGUUUGUGUGUUUGCUAUUCUGAGGAGCUUGGAGCUGUCUCCAGAAGGAAUUGCCUUAAAUCUCAACCGCCUUUGUAUUUCCUACAGCUUUAUACAAUAAACUGUUUUAGUGACA